UCCACCCUCCCUCCCCCCCACAGUGCUGUGUCCCGGAUCCCUCGAUUCCACCUGAACGACAUCGCCUCCAGCCUCCUGGUCAUCACUCAGGCCAAGAAAGACCAGGUCAAAGACGCCAUGGAAACCUUGAGGACCAUGCUCCAGACAGACCAGGUCCCGUCCCAGCUGUCUGUCACCCGAUUGGUCCAGGCCCUCGGUCGGCAUGGGGACAUCCAGGGCAUCGAGGAAGCGCAGACUCUGAUGAAUGGAAUGGGGGUGCCCCUUAACCUGUCCAGAAUGGUGUUUGUCAACAACCUAGCCCUGGCCCACAUCAACAAUGGUGACCUGGAGGGGGCGGUGGAGCGCCUGGAGGCGGUGUACACCCAGGCCAGCGACGAGCCCGCGCCCAGCAUGUCUUUCGUCUUCCGGAAAGUUCUGGAGAUGAACAAUGAGGCUGCCCUGGACAAACUCAGCGCCAUGGCAGAGAGACUAGCCAAUCACUUUGCGUCGUACAGAGCCGCUUCCGAUCUCUUUCUGCAACUACUGGAGAUGGACCGCGUAGAAGAUGCCAAGUUCAUGCUGGCGCGCUGUAACGCCGUAGCGGAACAGAAAGACUUUCUGGUGUCGUACAUGUCCAGACUGGCCCAGAAACCAGGACAGGCGGGCAAGAUCAAGACCCUGGUCAACUUAAUCCCAGAUUUCACAGACAAGGAGACUCUGUACGCCUACCUGCUGAAGUGUUACAAUGUGGACAAAGACCUGGAGCAGGCCAAGGCCCUGUACCUCCAGAUGCAGCAGGAGGGGGUGGAGGUGAACCAGCUGUCUCUGAAGAGGCUGGCUGAGAUGUACCGCAACGCUGGAGAGACCCCCCCCUUUACAGAGCCCCCUGAGUCGUACAAGUUCUACGCAGACAAGCUGAAGGAGAGAACCAGGGCCCCGGCUCGCUCGCCUGCAGAGGAAUAACACAUCUUCCCUCUCCUCUUCUCCUUUUCUCUUGCUUUUGUUCUUUUUUUUUUAUAAGCCUCAGAGCAGAUUUGGUGUAAUACUGUGCUGCUGUCGAUGUUGAUGUUGAGUCCCGUUCACCUUGCCGAUGAUAAUUCUGAUGAUGAUGUACAGAAGUAUUUAUGCUAAAAUAAAAUAAAAGAUGCGAAUUGGAAA